AAAAAGCAUAGGCCUAACCUAUUGAUUUGAGUGCUUAGAUUUGAGACAAGAAAGUUAGAUUUUCGUGUGAAAUGUAAGCGAAUGUUUCACCUGUACAGGUAAAGAACAUAAAAUAUUAUUUUUUAUUUUAAAACAGGAUUUCGGCAGCCAUCUGUGCAUGGGUGUUGUAAGGAUGGGAGGGAACGUGCUCAAGACCGCCAAGACUGCACACUUCUCCCUGUAAUAUCCAGGCUUACCAGCUGCAGGAUUGCCCAAGAGCAGUGCUGCGUGGCAGCCACAGAGGACCUGUUUUGCAGCAAAGGCACACACCAGGCUACAACAUCUGAAACCUGUGAGAUGCAUGCCUUCAGUGGAAGUGAUAUGGAAAGAAGAAUUGCCAAGACAUGCUGUGACUGUUGCAUGCUGGGUAUCGAGGCUAGCCGAGAGGCCCAAAGCUGUUACCUAAGCAUUUCUGUUAACAAGCACUGUCAGCAGGUAGCUAAAAACUGCUGUGUGAAGCUGGACAACACCCCCAGCCAAGAAGGUGUCUUUAACAUUAUCGCUGAAGAAGGAACCUCUGAAAAUGAACAAAGCAGAGCAUCAUGUGAAGGGUCAAAGUGCUCUCAGCUAUGUGUUGGAAAUGGGGUCUGUGGGUGCUUUGAGGGUUACAAACUCAAGCCAGAUGGAUUCAGCUGUGAUGAUGUAAAUGAAUGUCUGGUUGGCUCUUCCACCUGCCAGCAGGGGGAGCAGUGUAUCAACACAGAGGGCUCGUUCCGCUGCCAGAGAUUGGCCAGCUGUGGGACAGGCUAUGAGCUCACAGAUUCCAAUCUGUGCAAAGAUAUUGAUGAGUGCUUGACUGCAACCCACAACUGCGCUGCUGAGUUUCGGUGCGAGAAUAAACCAGGGACCUUCAGCUGUCUUCCUCAUUCACGAUGUGAGGAGGGAUACUUACAGGAUGCUGUGGGAAACUGCAUUGACAUAAAUGAGUGUGUGACUCUGGAUAGCCCCUGUCAGCCAGGUCAGACGUGUGUUAACACAGUGGGCUCCUACACCUGUGAGAGGCACAGAGUGACAUGCUCACGUGGCUAUCACCUAAAUGAAGAUGGCAGUCGGUGCUUAGAUGUUGAUGAGUGCAAGAGCUCCCGGCCCUCCUGCGAAGGUCACGGCUGUGUGAACCUGCUGGGCUCUUUCCGUUGCGAGUGCCAACCAGGCUUUAUAUUUAACAGCAUCAACAAAGUAUGCGAAGAUAUCAAUGAGUGCAGGCAUUAUCCAGGACAGCUUUGUGCACACAAAUGUGAAAACACCCCUGGGUCUUACCAGUGCAGCUGUGAUGCAGGAUUCAGGCUGGACAGUGAUGGCAGGAACUGCAAGGAUGUGAACGAGUGUGAAAACAAUCCCUGCAACCAGGAAUGUGCUAAUGUCUAUGGCUCUUAUCAGUGCUACUGUCGUCUUGGCUACCAACUUAGUGACUCUGAUGGGGUUACAUGUGAGGAUGUAGAUGAGUGUGCCCUAUCCUCUGGAGGGAAGGUCUGUACCUAUCAGUGUUCAAACACAAUGGGAAGUUUCAAAUGCUCAUGCCCUGCCACAGGCUACACCCUGGCACCAAAUGGCCGAUCAUGUCAUGACAUUGAUGAGUGCGCAACUGGAACACACACAUGCCAAGCUAGUGAGACUUGCUUCAAUAUACAAGGGGGUUUCCGUUGCCUGUCCUUUGAUUGUCCUCCAAACUUUCGCCGCAUUGCUGAAAAUACCAAUGAUAUGAGUGUGGACAGACUUCGCUGUUUGAAAUCCUGUCACUUCCUCGACACUGACUGUGCUAUGGAAACAGUGAAAUUAAUUUCCCACUCUGUCAUCUCCUUAACCACAUUUAAAGAGCUACGACAACCAGAGGAAAUAGUCCUUCUCAGAACCACGGUGUCCUCAUUCUCAUCCCCAUACCUGAAGUCUCCUCGUGUCAAAUUUGGCAUCCUGACAGGCAACACACAUAACGCUUUUGAUGUUGUGCAGCACCCUGAGAACCAUCAUGUGUUGGGGGUUGUGCGCCAGGUCAAGGCUCUUACAGGGCCAUUGACUGUUAUCUUAGAGGUAGCUAUAGACCACACCAUUGAUGGGGUUCUCAGCUACAGGAACAUUGUUCGCAUUAACAUCUUUAUUUCAGAGUUUUGGUUUUAACUGUCGAUGGUGUUCUUCACAUAUCCAUUUUGUAAUAGACCUCAUGGUUGAAACCAUGCAGCGUUCCAAAAAUAGUUUUAUUUUCUUUUUCUUAAUUUGUGACCAUUCAUAGCGAAAUCAGUCGUUUUGCGCACAACGUUAUUUUGAGAAAAUCAACAAUAACAAACUUCCGGGUUAAAAUGUUGAAUUUCACGUUUUCGCCUAAUUCGACUGUAUACA